AUUUUGGCAGUCAACUGGUGAAGCUCCUCUUCCGGUGUGAAAGGUCAUCGUCCCGGCUGAAGAUGGCGGCGCCCGACGAGUUGUUUUGCUGGGAAGGAGACUGGGGUUUACCGUCCGUCGACACGGACUCUCUGGUGGUUCUGGCCUACGCUCAGUUUGCAGGAGCUCCUCUCAAAGUGCGGAAGAUCUCCAACCCCUGGAGGAGUCCCAGCGGGUCACUUCCUGCUCUGAGGACCAAUCAGAAAGAGACUCUGUCCAGGCCCUCUGACAUCAUCAUCCACCUCAGAAAACAGAAAUACAACGCUGACUACGAUCUGUCGGCGAAGGAGGGCGCCGACAGCCUGGCCUUCAUCUCUCUGAUGGAGGAGAAGCUCAAACCUGCUCUGAUCUACUCGCUCUGGAUCGAGCCGAAGAACUACGUGGACGUGACGCGCCGCUGGUACGCGGAGCACAUGCCCUUCCCUCUGAACUUCUUCCUGCCCGGGCGAAUGCAAAGCAGGCAGCUGGAGAAACUGCGACUGCAGCGAGGAAACGAGAGCCUGGAGGCCGGAGAGGAGCUGGAGAAGGAGUUGUUCCGUGAUGCCGCAGAGUGUAUGAACCUGCUGUCCCAGCGCCUCGGCUCACACAAGUUCUUCUUCGGGGACUCGCCUUCGUCUCUGGACGCCUACGUGUUCGGUCACUUGGCGCCCAUCCUGAAGUCCAAACUGCCCAACGGGAAACUGCAGCAGCACCUGAAGUCCCUCGACAACCUGAGCAGCUUCUGCACCAACGUCCUGCUGCUCUACUUCCCCAGAGACGGCAGAGAGAGCUCCAGUCAGAAGACGUCCUCCCAGCCCGAAGGCGGAGACUUCGACCACGUCCCCAACAAGCGCAGGAAGCAGCUGCUGUCUGCUCUGGUGGCUCUGGGCGCCAUGCUGAGCUACGCCCUCCUGACCGGCAUGGUGUCCAUCCAGCACGUCCAGCAGGAGGCGGCGCCGCGUCUGCAGACCAUCGGAUCCCAGGAGGAGGACGAGGGAGACGGCUGAGGAGGUGCAGGUUAAAACCAGCGGCAUCAUGGGACUUUAUGGAGUGAAAAUGCUGAGGAUCCAGAUGUUAGCUGUGUCUCACUGAAGAGUUCUUCCCGUCAACAAAGACGCAUCCAGGCGCCGUUCAGGGAACAGGAAGUGGCUGUCGGGGCUGGUUCCUGUAAAUAAAUUAAUUAAAAGAUAAUUCUGGAUCUUUUUGUGACUUCUGUUUAACUGUUGUUCAUUUUUUUUAAACGAAAUGUUCUUUCGGGAAGAAACACGGAUCAGUUUUCUCCUUUAAAUACAUGAAUGAUCUUUUAUUUAGUGUUGAAGAGCUGAUGAAUGAUCACAUGACAGAAUAAAUCUAUAGAUCAAA